AUGCCUAUCCUUGAUACUAGCCGAGUACGGGGUAUCCAAUUCCGUGGUAUUGCUCAGUUUUUCUUUGGUACUUUCCUGGUUUGCUUCUUUAUUCUGAUGUUUAUUGGUUCUCAGCAUGUCGCCGAGCCUUUUACGACCGUCGGUACUAUCGCUACAGUUUACUACUUUGCUUACUUCAUUGUAGUAGUACCAGCUGUUGGUAUUAUUGAAAACACACUAAUGGAUAUUGCCCUAGACAAGUCUAGUAAGUCAUUGUUAGUUUCUCCCUUAUCUAUGAACUUUUAUAUUGACUUCAACUAUGUGAUGCCGUUCGUUUGCUUCAUUAUUAUGCUACUGCCUGUAUUUACCCUUAUGGGCCUUGUUAUCUCCAAUAACAUACGGGUUCGAAUCUUCAGUAUAAACGAAACCACCUUCCCGGGCCUAGUACCUAUAGCAAAGGGGUUCUUUAACCUAGUAUGCCUAGCUCUACCAAAGGGAGUGUUUAAGCUAGUAUGUCUAUCUUUUCCAUACCCUCUAUGUACCCUUUAUAACCUACUUUAUAUUGGCUUUCUAGAGGUGUACAGCCGCCUACUACUGGUUUACCCAACUAUUAAAUACCUAGUUAAACAAAACCUACUAGUUAUUAGUAUCUGCCUUAUCCUGUACUUUGUACCUUGUGUACAUGAGUGGCUUCAUGCUCUGGCAGACGCUACCAAUGCUUGUUAUGAGUCUUGAGCUACCCUACUAAAAUCAACAGUCACUGUAUAUGCUAUUAACCGUGUGUUUACCCGGCCUAAGAUUACCAUUACAUAUUUUCACGAUUUCUGUCCUUACGAGGGUCGGUAUAUAGGUACUUACAAUCGGUACCAUUCAUGACCAACCCAGGCCCUGCUUCGGUCCAAUGCUCGUAAAGGUAUUGUUUAUGUUGGCUAUGGCCGGUGAGUCCCCGUUAGUCUAGACCCUUAUGAAAUAGCGUGAUUUGGCUAUAUGUCUCGGUACCUACCCCGUGAUUAUAUCUACUAUGACUUCUUUGAAGAGUAUGAGUACCGUAUGGGUAACCAUCUUAAAGUUAUACAACGCCUUCUAGGAGUACCUUCAUGUGUAGUACCUUGGACUGGUCAGGUAAAAUGAACUAUCAUCAGUAUAGCUAUUGGACUUGGUCUAACCGCACUAUACCUUUGUCUAUCCGCACUAUAUCUGGUUGCUAUAUCUAUACUAUCACUAAUCUUCAUAAUAAUGUACAUAACGUGUGCUGCUCUGGGUCUGCUUUAUAUUGGUACUGUAGUUACUAAUGUGCUGUGGCCUAUAGUACAACCUAUUAUGGCUAUGGUUGAUCAAGUGGGUAUUUGAACCAUUGGUACCUGUGCCUUUGUAUUCAUCAUAAGUACCCUAUGCCUAUUCAAUUACUCUACCAAGGUCUCCAAUUCUGACUCAGAGUCCGGUUAUGACUCUGGUGUUGAUAUUGAUAUAGAAAGUACUGGUAGUAAAGUCCCUGUAGGCCCUCCUGAUACUGAAAUAGGUUCUAUUCGAAUGGGUAACAAGUGGGUACCUAUUAGCCGUGGUCAUAUUCGAGCUAUGUAUCAAGAAACAUACGAUCGUGGGCUACCAUCUAACUUCAACCAUACAGUAUUCCAACAAAUCGCUAAUGGACUAUUCCAGGCUGAGGGGUUCUGAGGAGGUAACUUUCCACGUCUUGUUAACUAUGCCUUUAACGUACGAUGGAGUGUGUCCCAAAAUGCCAACCCAGACAGUAUUAAAUUCCUUACUGCUCUACAACGUAUCCUAGGUGGGCCUGAUUUCAUCAAACACCGAUUCCGUGUAGUUGACAAUGGUCAUUGGCAUAUCACUAUCCACUGUAAUAUUUGGGCACAUAUCAUUAAUGUCAUUAUGCCUUACUUUAAUAUACUCCGGGGUGAAAAGCAUACUGCUAUAAAUAAACUUCGUACUAUACGUAACCUACUAGACAUACCUAUACAUAGCCCUGAGGUCAUUGUUAACAUUGUUUGACUAGUGUAUAACCUUACCACAGGAGGCCAAGACCGUAAGGUCUCUUUUGAGGAUAAACUAAGCCAUGUUAUGGCCACUCACCCUCCUAUUAACACAGUUCAUGAUAAGUUUGACUUUGACAACACUAUACCACUUACCCUUCCUUGGGUACUAGGGUUCUUUCUUGGUGAUGGAGCACUGUACUGAACUAUAGGUAUCAACCGAAACUCCUUUAAUGCUAUCCCUCAUCUUACUAUUGGUCAACGUUCAACUCCUAAUAACACGGCCAUACUUGAUGAAGUUGCAGUAUUCCUUAAUAGCCUGGGCAUCAAGGCUAAUGUAGUAACCAAGGAGUACCGUGAUAGUAAGGAACUAGGUAUUCAUAACCAGGUACACAUCACUACGUGUCUUAAUCUACUCAAGCCUUACUCCGACUUCUUCUACUGGAAAGCCUCUAAUAUUGCUACUACUACUAAGGUACUCUACCUACUUAAGUUUGGUGUCCACCUUUGGCUACCUAUGAUGCUUAUAAUCUCUGAGCUGAUUCACUCACUACCCACUACAAACCGUGGUGCCAGUAGUAAGCAUAAAUGAGAACUGGCCCUACGUGCCUUUAUUGAUUCACGUGGUGCUGAAGUAAGCUCAGGGUACAACUAUAUCUACUGGAAAGAUAACCGUCAACGGUAUGAUGUGAUCAUUCCCAAGAGCACUGGUAUCAAGCCUCGGGAGGUAUCCUUCACUGUAGCCAAGAACGGCAAUAAGGAAAAAGCACUCUCUACUGCCAUUGAAUACCGAGAGACUACCCUAACCACGUGGUUUACUAAGGUUCUCAAAGAGUAUGAUGAGACUAAUCCCUUAAUAUCCGUACGUGGAACUGAGGAACCCUAG